AUGGCUUCGAUUGCGCGCCAGUCCCUCCUUUCCAGGCACUCUUGCCUGUCUGCCUUCCGGUCGCCCUUGGUGAACAAGAACGUGUCGCAGGUUGUGGCUUUCCAUGCUUCUUCGAAGAAGCAGAUUCUACCUCCUCUACCUCAGGUCAUUCAGGGAACAAUGAACGACCCUGCUCCCAUUCCCAAGCCUCACCCUUCGGAGGGUAGCUACCACUGGACGUUCGAGAGACUCGUCUCUGUCGGACUGAUCCCUCUGACCAUCGCUCCCUUCGCUGCCGGCUCCCUGAACCCCGUCAUGGACUCUGUCCUCUGCGGCCUGCUGGUCCUCCACUCCCACAUUGGUUUCCAUGCCUCUAUCAUCGACUACUUCCCCAAGCGCCGCGUCCCCAAGACAAAGACGUUCAUGAACUGGCUGCUGCGUGCUUUCACCGUGACCACCGCCGUCGGUCUGUAUGAAUUCGAGACAAACGACGUUGGUAUCACAGAGGCCAUCAAGCGGGUGUGGAAGGCAUAGACCGAUCUUUGAGGGUGUUGUUUGAAUUCUGCGUUUGAUUUGGAUGAUUCUUCCCAGGUGUCUGCCUAUGUACAUGUGCCAAAUUUUCUAUUUGUCUCGUCAAGCUAGCCUGCUACCGGUUGAGCUAUAAAAUGUAAACCGAAGACUUUCUCUAU